AUGCCUGCAGGGGUCCUGCUGCUGCUGCCGUCUCACCCCGUCUCUCUCUUGGUUGCAGGCCCGAUCGCCAUGAAGAAGACGCACACAUCACAAAUAGAAGUGAUCCCGUGUAAGAUCUGCGGGGACAAAUCGUCAGGGAUUCACUAUGGGGUCAUCACCUGUGAAGGCUGCAAGGGGUUUUUCCGCAGAAGCCAGCAGGGCAACGUGACGUACUCUUGCACCCGCCAGCAGAACUGCCAGAUCGACCGGACCAGCCGCAACCGCUGCCAGCACUGCCGGCUGCAGAAAUGCCUCAGCCUGGGGAUGUCCCGAGAUGCUGUCAAGUUCGGCCGCAUGUCCAAGAAGCAGCGCGACAGCCUCCACGCCGAGGUGCAGAAGCAGCUGCAGCAGCAGCAGCAGCAGCAGCAAGGCGGCGAAGUGGUGGCCCCGGCCUACUCCCUGGGCCUGGCUAACGGGCAACUGAAGCUGGCCUCCUCCCCGGACCUGUUGGAGUCCUCAGCCUGCUCCACGGCCCUCCUGAACGGACAGGCGCGGCUGAGCCAGUCUCCGGAUGAGACAGCGGUUCUGGCCUACCCCAACGGACUGGCCAAGGGCCACAGCCGGCUGAGCGACAACCUGCGCGGCCCCUUCGCCAGGGACUACAGCCCCGAGCGGAUCAAGAUGGAGAGCAGGGCCAGCGUCUUCUACGCCCUGGAGAUGCAGGCGUCGCCGGACCUCUCCCGGCUGGACAUCAGCGGGGGCAAGCGGGGCCAGGCCGGGGGCGACGUCGGGGAGACCGUCGACUUCUACACGAGUCCCAACUUCACCAGCCUCCUGGAGUCGCCCAAUUCCUCGGUGACUGAGAUCGAGCACCUGACCCAAAAUGUCCUCAAGUCCUACCGGGAGACCUGUCAGCUGCGCCUGGAAGACCUGCAGCUCCUGAGGCUGGAGACGUUCUCGUGGGAGGAAGUCAGGAGCUACCAGAAGAAGUCCAUGGAGGAGAUGUGGGAACGCUGUGCCUGCCGAAUCACGGAAGCCAUCCAGUAUGUGGUGGAGUUUGCCAAGCGGAUGGGCGGCUUCAUGGAGCUGUGCCAAAACGACCAGAUCGUGCUUCUGAAAGCAGGCGCCAUGGAAGUGGUUCUGGUGCGAAUGUGCCGUGCCUUUAAUUCGGAGAACAGGACGGUCUUCUUCGAGGGCAAAUAUGCAGGCCCCGAGCUCUUCAAAUCACUUGGGUGCAACGAGCUGAUCAACUCCAUCUUCGACUUCGCUCACAGCCUGUGCUCGCUGCACUUCUCUGAGAACGAGAUCGCCCUCUUCACCGCCCUGGUGCUCAUCAACUCAAAUCGGCCGUGGCUGCAGGAGAAGGGCAAGGUGGAGAGGCUGCAGAAUAACCUGGAACAGGCCUUUAAACACAUGUUACGGAAAACCCACCGGGAAGGCAUCCUGGCCAAGCUGCCGCCCAAAGGGAAGCUGCGCAGUCUGUGUUACCAGCACGUGGAGAAGCUGCGGUCCUUCCGGCAGAUGUACCCCAUCAUCGUCCACGCCGUGUUCCCCCCGCUCUACAAAGAGCUCUUCAGCUCCGAGUGCGAGCUCCAGGGAGCGGCAGCAGAAUGA